AUGAAGAAGUUCGGCUUCGGCAAGAAAGGCGGCGACGAAGGCGACGAUGCCAAUCGCUCCGCCCUCUUCGGGCGAAAGAGCAAGUCUCCUGCUCCGGGCAACGACAAUCCUUACGCACAAGCUCCAGCUGGCGGCGAUCCCUACGCUCAGGACGCGAAUAAGUACGCCGGCAUGACGCCCUAUCAACGAGCACGAGCCGGUGUGCCCAUCAAUGGCGGUGCCCCCGGCGGCCUUCCUGGCGGCCCGAGGGCCGGUGCUGGCUCAGGUGCCCCGCCACAGCCUGCCGGUGGGUACGGGAAUGAAAAGUACGGGGCCGCAGGAGGAUACGGGGCGAAUCGCUACGACAACAACCAGAACGCCUACGGCGCGAAUCAGCGAUCAGGUGCCAAUGGCGGGGCUCGCGGACCCGGAGGCUACGGCGGUUUGGGCCGGACCAACAGUGACAGCACCGAUGCUGUGCGCGACGAGCUCUUCAGCGGAGCUCAAGACAGAUACCAGCAGAACAAGCCGCAGGCUGGAGGCUACGGCCAAUCGACGACUCCGUCUGGCGCUGAUGGGGGAUACGGCGGAUACGGAGCUCCCCGUGAGCUCACAGCCGAAGAGCAAGAGGAGGAGGAAUACCGAGCUACCAAGUCACAAAUCAAGGAUAUCAGAAAUGAGUCUCUUCAGGCCACCCAAAGAAUGCGUCAAAAUGCGAGCAACAUUGAGGACGUAGCCAAUGCGUCCCUCGCUAGGCUUGCUGCUCAAGGCGAGCGUCUGCACAACACAGAAAGGAACAUGGACAUAGCGGCAAACCACAAUAAGAAGGCGGAGGAGGGCGCCAAGGAUCUUAAAAAGGCCAAUGGAAGCAUGUUUGCAGUUCACAUCGCCAACCCAUUCACAUCCAAGUCGCGUGCGGCACAACGAGAUGCGGCGAUUCUCGACCGACACCGCCAGGAGCGUGAGGUUCGCGAGGCAACCAGACACGAGGCUUUCAAGUCCAACCAGCGAAUGGAAGAUACCUUCAGGGAAAUGUCGCUGUCUGGUCGUCCUCAAAGGGAGUCAGAGGGACAAACCAAGAAGAAGUUCACUCUCGAUAGUGAAGACGAGGAAGAAGAAGAGAAAGAGAGGGCGAUUGAUGACAAUAUCACCGCUAUUUCCGGUUCGGUUGCGCGUCUUAACCUGGGAGCCCACGCUUUAGGGAAUGAGGUCGAUGCACAGACUGUUCUCAUCAACAAUAUUGCCAAAAAGAGCGAUGCCGUCGACGACGGAGUCAGAAUGAACAGAGAGCGUCUGAACCGCAUCAAGUAG